UUCAUUUGUUGACAUUUCAGGAAAUGACAAUAGAACAUGACAGUAAUAUAGAUAUCGUAUGAGAAGUUUUUAGUCUUUGGUGUCCCGGAAAAUUAUAUUUUUCUAUCACCUGCAGUUUCAUUUUUAAUUGAAAUAUCGACGACGUGCAGAGUGUACACUCAUCUUCAUACAUCAAAGGCUGAUGCAGUGCAUUGCUACUUACGUUACUCGUGGGAUACAGAAGUGAAGAAUAUUAAGUCCAGACCAAUAUAAUAAUUAGUAUGAAACAUCUUAGAAAAAUGUAAAUAUCAUAUUUUGCGGUGCAUUUGAAAUAUUUGUUGCAGAUGGGAUAUAAAAGUUUCGAGACGAGUUACAUAGAAAUUCUCGAUCAGCAGUUGUUGACAAUAAAGUAAUAAAUAAAAAUAAGGUCUCCGAUUAAGAUGGUUGGGAAAAGAAGCACCCAGUCAGUGACUCAGAGGAGUACCCGGCAGUCCGAGCUACACAUGGCAAGCCGUCCUCGCCGUUUAGUGCCUCCAAAGACCUUGGAUGACACUGUUGGUCUCUCUAGAAAAGAGGAGAGAGAACUGAAGAAAGCGCUUUAUGCUUCUUUGCAAGAGACGCGGCGUACUCGCACUCCCCAGUCAGAAACAGAGGAAGGGUCAUUUAGUCAAGAACCACCACCAAAGCUUAGAACAUCGGCUCGCAGAAGUAACAUUUCAGCCAGCUCGUCUGUCAACAGUUUUAAUACCACAACCUCUUCAACAGCUGCCAUUGAUGAGAGCAGUCAGGAUUCUGUCAUGUCCUCAGCAGGCUCAACAAGCGAAUCAAAAAAGAAAAUUCAUGCACAACGAAAGUUUGCUCAGGGUUGUUCCUUGCCAACCACGCCAAGUUCAACGCCAAAUAAAAAGGCAUCUCAGUCACCGCUUAACUUGCUCAACAGAGUUCCCAAGACUGAAGACUUUCUAACCUUUCUCUGCUUGCGAGGGUCACAUGUUUUGCCACCUCAUCUGGACUUCUUCAGUUUCACAAGAGAUGAUACAACAGUUGAGGAGACUAACAGUGACCCUUGCACUCCCAUUAGCGCUGAGAAAGCUGGAAAGACCGAAGAAGGAAGGGAGAGCACGCCAGAGUCCUCCAGCACAAGCAGUAAUAUGAAUGAUGAAUUGAUGGAAAUUGCCAGUUAUCCCAUGCCCUCACGCAUCCUUCAAGCAGACAGAAAGGCAGCAAGGGCUAGUGCAGGCACCCCUGAGACAGCCCGAGGCAUCAUCAGCCUGCAGCAAGGAAUGACACGAAAGCCUUGGCCACUGCAGAGUACAAAUGAGGACAACAGCAUGAUGCAAGAAUCUGAACACCCAAUUUUCAAGGUACCAAGAAGAGCUUCACCCAGCAUCCGAACAAGACAAAGAAAAAGUGAGGGGCAAAAGAGUGUUAAGCUGCAAGAGAUGACGCUCAUUUCAAACAAAACAGAAGAGCAGAUGCCAGCUUUAGGAUAUCAGAAGCAGUAUCAAACUUUUUUAAAUAACAGAACAAUGCGUGACAUCACCAGUGACAGUUUACCUGAACGUGAAAGGGAGAGGCAAAACACAAUUUCCACACUUUGUUCAGAGAAUGACAAUGCAGAAAACAAGACAAAAAAUACUGAAGACCCAUUUAAAGAUGAAGCAGCAGCACAAAGAACUAAAGUGCAAAAGAGCUACUUGUUACAUAACAGAGCAGGAUGUUUAUGUGGAAAGCAGGCACAACAAUGCAUCUGUGUUAGACUGCAAACAGAACAAGAUCCUAAUAAUGCAAGACAGGCAAGGCAAGAUGCUGCUACACAGAAAGUAUACCAAAUUGCUGACAAUGAAGAGCAAGAUACCAACAGUAAAGAGCAAGUAGAGCAAGAUACUUGUUGUAGAAGAGAUCAAGUAUAUGUCUCACAAACAGAGAUGGUGAAUAUAACUGAUGUUGACUUACAAUACACAUCUAACUUGAGUGGCAAUGAUACUGUACUUGCUGCUAGAGACACAACAGCAGUCUCUUGCCCUGUCAAGGGUAGAUUUUACACAGUGACAACAAAUGGACAGGUAAGAGGUCAACAGGAAGCAAACUCAUGGGGAAUUAGAGAUAAGCUCUUGAGCAACAAGCAAUCCUUUGGAAAGUUUCAAGUAGCUCAUGAAUAUGUAUCAGUGGCCAGAACGCUAAUUGUUCCCUUACCAUCACCACCUAUCAGUUGUUGGAAUCAAAGUCUUAUUCAAGAUCAAGAAGCACUUCAAGAAGAACUUUGGGACAGACACAGUUCACCUCACUACCUGCAAUACUGGCAAGCCAACACACACGAUAUUGCUCAGAUGAAUUAUCAGGGCAGUCAUUACAUUUACAGAGCCUUCAAGUCUGGGUGUCAGUUAGGGAAGAAGGUACAAGCAUGCAUGUGUGGACAAUGUCGUUUUAGUGACCCACUGCACAAUGGUGCCAGUGUGCUUGCAAAUGCACCAUUGGUUCCUGCAGGCAGUAGCAGCUUCAUAGGCAAGAAACAGGCUUCAGCUUUCUGGUCAGAUGUGACCACUACAGUUGAGGGCCGCUUCUUGUACCCUUUGCCUCCGUCACUUAUGUCUUUCCCACCAAUUGUGCAGAAGUCACCUGCAGGAACCUUUAAACCUGUGAAAACAGAACAGAGUAAAGAGAAAGAAGCAAGAGCUACAAGUGUCAGGAAAACUUUGGAAGGGGCUUCCAUAAAACUAAAAAAGAACCAGAAACUUCUCUCGGAACAAAAAGAAAAGAAAAAUAAUCUUCUGAAACUGAGUUCUCGGAAAGAGAACAUAAUCAAACAGAUAAUGUCAAAGAAGAGGCUGGAGAAGAAAUCAGAGAAAAAGGAUGAGAGGAAGGAGAGAGACUUGUUGCCACAGAAAAUAAGCAAAUCAAAGCGAAGGACCAGUCUCCGUUUGAAAACUCUUGCCAAAGUUCUUGGCAAAAAGCGUCCUAACUAUUCUCUAGUUUUGUCUGGUUAUGCAGACAUGGAAGAAUAUGAAGAGGAGCAGAAGAAGAAGGCAGCCAAGUUUGCUCUUGCCAGGGCUAAAGCCGAAGCCCGAGCCAGGGCCAGUGCCAAAGCACGCAAAGUGAAAGAGCUAGAUAAAAUGGUGACCCGCAGUUCAUCACUAACAACACUCAAAGUGACAGGAGACACAAAGAGGCAAGCUUUGAGCAAGAAACAAGGAUCAACCUUGGCAAGAAAAGGGCAGGACACUCUUGCAAACAUAAUUGAGAGCAAGCGUGUGAAAAAAGAGACGGGGAAGGAGACAGACGUACAGGAUGAUGUUGGAGUCAAGCCCACCUCUGAGAAGGAGGGUGGUAAGAAGAGUGCAUCUACCUCAUCUCCACAUAACAAAAAAGUGCCCAUAAAGAAAGUUGCCCCUGAGAAAGUUGCAGCUUCUGUGGUUCCACCAGACCCAACUUUAGCAGGCUUGGAAGAAAUGUCAACAUUCCGCCCCUCGGAAGAAGAAUUUUCUGACCCAAUAUCUUAUAUAUCAAGCAUCAAAGAACAGGCAGAACCAUUUGGGAUGUGCAAGAUUAUUCCACCUGCCAGCUGGAAGAUGGAGAGCAAAGUCAAUGAAGAGAUAAGAUUCACUACACAAAUUCAGCAUCUACAUCGCCUUUGUAACAGAUGGGGCUCAAGUGUUGAGCACACUACUGCAAUUAAUCAUCACCUGAGAGGUGUUGUGAAUGACCAUAAUGCUAUUCCACAGAUUGGUGGUGUGGAAGUUGAUCUUCCUCAACUGUACCGCAUGAUUCGGGACUUUGGAGGCCUUCAAAAUAUUGUGGACAAAAAGCAGUGGGUCAAAGUUGCAGAUGCCAUGAAAAUUCCCAAAACUGCUCAUGAUCGAGUGACCAGGCUUUACGAUAUUUACUGCAAGCAUGUCUUGCCAUAUGCUAUGUUGACUGAUGCUGAGAAAGUACAGGUACAGAAAGAGGUGUCUUCUAGCUAUGAAAUGGGCAGUGUUGAAGAGGAGGCAAUUCUCAAGGGCAAGUCCAUGACACUGAGUGCUUUUAGUCGUGUGGCACGAAAUGUACAGUCCAUGUGGUUUAAAGAUGAUCCCAGUGCAGAAGUUGUAGAGGGUGCAUACUGGAAGAUAGUAAAAGAACGAGAUACACAUGUGGCUGUGCAGUGUGCACAUGUUAACACCAGAGCACAGUCAACUGCAUUUCCCACACGCAGGGAGAGUCCAUACUUCAGACAUAGCUGGAACCUAAACAAUCUGCCAGAGAAUAAGAAGUGCAUACUCAAAUGUCUUGGACCAGUUUCAGGUGCUACAAUUCCAACUUUGCAUGUGGGCAUGCUGUUUUCCACAUCCUGCUGGUCUACAGAUCCACAUCGUCUGCCAUAUGUUCAAUAUCUACACACAGGUGCCAAUACCAUCUGGUACUGCAUUCCAAAGACACAAGUUCAGGCUUUCCAUGAAGCUAUGAAAGAGUUGUGUCCCACACUUCUUCACAAUGACCCCUGCUGGCUAAAGGAGGACACUGCUAUGGUGAAACCAGAUGAACUGAUGAGCAGAGGUGUGCGUGUAGCACGUUGUGUACAACAACAGCGACAGUUUGUGGUGGUGUUUCCUGAUGUCUUUACAGCAACAGUUUGCUGUGGCUACAGCGUGUCCGAAUCUGUUCACUAUGCAACACUUGAAUGGCUCUCCCUUUGUGUGGAAGCUGCAAAAGCACUGAGUGCAAGUAAAGAGAAGGAGCUGUUUUCUGUGGACACACUGGUCUGUGGCCUGUGCCAGGAUUCUAGUGACCAGGAAACUCUGGCAUCCUCUUUGCCACUUCUAGAAUCCAUAGUGUCCAGGGAAAUUGACGAGCGCCACCAGCUGUCUGCAGCAGGCCUAAAAUGUGAGAGACGUUUGGCUGUAGAAGACUCACCGGGUAAUUCUUCGUCACUGGCGCGAAAACGUUCUCAUGACCUCACUGAAGACAGCAUCUGCGAAGUUUGCUCUAAGAUUUGCUAUUUAUCCAUGGUGCUCAAUGAACAUGAUGAACAGAUCCUUUGUCUGAAACAUGGACUGCGGUAUGUGCAGCGCAAACGCCACAUCAAAGCAGCAAAACUAUUUUACAGAUAUACAGAGGAGGAGUUGACAGAACUAGUUCAGGCAACCAAAGAUCGCUUGGCAGCUCUGACCAGUGGUGCCAGUGGCAGCAGCUUAUCCAAGAAAAGAGCACUGAAAAAACAAGACAGCAAGUCUUGAUAUGUAGAAAGUUUGAUUUUUGUGUUCUAAUACAAGCUGCAACCAAAUAUUCAUGCUUCUAAAGAAACAAGAUAUACACACAUGCACAAGUUUAUGUGUAUGUUUUGAUCGUAUACAUGUGCACAUGUGCUUUGAUAUUGUGCUCAUGUAUCUGUGUGUGUGUGUGAGUGAGAGAGAGAUAGAGUGGAUGAGUUAGUGCAAGAGACUAAUAUGCUCAGUAUUAAAAAGACCGACCAAACACAAAUCCUAUAUGGAACCAAGGUCUUUUAUCUGUAUGUUUUUGAGAGGAAAGAUGUUUAAGAUGUACUUAUUGUUUCCUUUCUCUAGACUUCUUAUUUUUCAUUAUUCAAAUAUUAUAUAUGAUCUUGUCAGAUUUUGUUUUGCUUAGUUUUUUCAUUUCUCAUUUGUAAGCAACAUUGUAUAGGGAAAGUUAUACCAGAGAUGUCAAAAGCUUUCAGUUGUAGCUCAAAAAGGUGUUUUUAUCAAAUGUUGCUUGCGUUUAAUUUUUUUAUACAAAAAUUUAUUUGAGCAUCCAUGUAUGCUGGUAUCACAGUCUUAUCCAUUCUCUUUGUGUUUGGUGUUUUUUUCUCUUAAAUGUAUUGUGAAGAGGACACAGAUUUUAGAAUUCCUUAAUGUAAAAAGUAGUCAAAUAUGUUUAAGUUCGUAGAGAAUUAGAUUUUCUUUUUUAAACAAAAUGCUUUUGAUGUAACAUUUUGUGAGAUCAGACAUGACGGUUCUGUCCUGUCUGUUUUGUCCUUAUAGAGAAGUAUUGAUAUAACUUUAUUGUUGAUUUUUGUCUUUAUGACAGGUGAAAGUAAAGAUAAAACUCUUUAAAAAACAACAAAAACAUUUGUAGGACGAUUUAGGUAAUUUGCUUGCUUAAACUAUCUUGCCUUAGUAACAAAAAGUGUAUUUGUGGAUUUAAAAAAAAAACUCAAACUCAGUGAGGAAAGAAGCUUUCAGACUGAUUGAAUUUCUCCACUUUCACUCAAAAUUAAAAUUGAUAUUAAUUUUCAAAAUGUUGCGCUUCAUUCUCCAUAGACAUACAUUUGUUGCCUUCUUUUCAAGAUAAAUGUCAGUAAGUCAGUUACUAGGAAUGGUACUGAUAGAAAGGCCUUGUGCAUCAGCAUUAACAAACGAAAGUUGAUAUGCACCAGUAAGGAUAUAGGUCAGUUCACGAGAUUAUACAUGAUUAUUAUUUCCACUUUAUGGAUUUAUAUAUGCAUAAUGUAUUGCUUUUGUUCUGAGAAGGUGGGACUAUGUGUCCUUAUGUUUUGACAAUGUUUACUUACCACAGAAAAGAUCCCUAUGUGUUUUAUCUGAUGCAUCAUGAGUUUGGAAGAUUAAAGUUUUUGUAAUUGUCAUUAAAA